CUAAAACUUUUAGCUGGCAUAAAUAGGAAAUUUAUUUAAAUGGAGGAUAUUUUCUCAGCUUCACGAGAAGGAAAUGUAAAGUUUGUACGCCAGUUUCUUGAUAACAUUGAAAAUGAUUUGAAUCAAGGAGAUGAUCAUGGCUUCACUCCAUUACAUUGGGCAUGUCGUGAAGGUCAAAUGGUUGUUUUUGAAAUGUUAAUGGCUCGUGGUUCACGUGUUAGUGCACGUAAUGAUGGAGGAGAUACACCACUUCAUUUAGCUUGUGCACACGGAAAUAAAGAAAUAGUAUCUAAACUCAUUCAAUAUAAAGCUAAUUUAAACCUUAUGAAUGAACAUGGAAAUACACCAUUGCAUUAUGCUUGUUUUUGGAAUCUAGAGACGAUUGCUGUUGAGCUUGUCAACUGUGGAGCUUAUGUAAUGCAAUGUAACCGUUAUGAAGAAACUCCGCUAGACAAAGCUACUCCUUUCUUAAAAAACCUUCUUAGAGAAAAAGCAAAAAAUCUUGGACAAGACCUAACACGUUUAGAUUUCAAAGAAAACAAAGGAAUGAAUAAUGCAGUUUACGAUUUUUCAACUUUGAAGGGAGGUAAUGCUAGUAUUGAUAUUGCAGACAUUCAUCUUAUGGAGCGAAUUAGUGAAAGUAACACUGGAGAGUUAUUUAAAGGUGUAUGGAACAAUGUUCCUGUUGUUGCAAAGAAGUUAAAGCUUUAUGGUUUUCAUAAAAGAUUAGCUUUAGUAUUCAAUGAUGAAUAUCCUAAAUUAAGAAUAUUCUCACACCCGAACAUUCUACCAGUUAUUAAUGCUGUAGCAAAGCAACCCAACCUUAUGGUUAUAAGUCAAUAUAUGCCUUAUGGUUCUCUGUAUAACAUAUUACAUGAAGGCACUGGAAUUGUGGUUGAUCAAACACAAGCUAUUAAGUUUGCACUUGAUAUUGCUAAAGGAAUGUCCUAUUUUCAUAGUUUAGAGCCACUUAUACAAAGAUUUACUCUUACAAGUUUUCAUAUAUUAAUUGACGAAGAUUUAACAGCUAGAAUCAGCAUGCAAGAUGUCAGAUAUUCUUUUCAAGAUCACACUAAAGUAUUUAGGCCCAAUUGGUUAUCUCCAGAAAUGUUGCGUAAUAGUCCUGAGUCUGUCGAUCAGCGAUCUGCCGACAUGUGGAGUUUUGCAAUUAUUAUGUGGGAACUAUCAACGAGAGAAGUUCCCUACUCCUCAUUGUCACCAAUGGAAUGUGGGAUGAAGAUUGCGACAGAGGGAUGUCGACCUCCCAUGACGCCAGGAAUGCCAAAUCAGUUAAGUAAACUCAUCUCGUUAUGCUGGAACGCUGAUCCAACAAAACGGCCGCGUUUUGAUCAAAUUGUUCCUAUUAUUCAAAAGAUGUAAAAUUUAAACAAGUAUAUACUGGGAGCUUGCAUCUAGUUGAGUUAUGUUGUACCUCGAUUAUGAGUAUUUGCGGUAAUAUUAGGGAUAAAUGUAAAUAAAAACAUUUAGUUUAUUAUUUUAGCAUGAAACUUUCCACAUCUUUAUCAAUAGCUUUUAAAACAUUUACCAUUCAUCACGUGAGUGCGUGAGCCUACCAUUCAUCAAUACGUGAGUGCGUGAGCCUACCAUUCAUCAAUACGUGAGUGCCUUUCAGUAAACAUAUACGUCAUUAUUUAAAUAUGCGCUUUUUUUAUAUAUGGAAUCCUUAAACUUUUUCUAGUGAAGAAUUUUUAAUACUGUAAUUUAUAUUUGUGUGUAAAAUAAACUAGUUUUUUUUA